ACUCUUCCACCGCCGCUCUUCCUCCUGCUCGUCGCCGUCGUGGUCUUCCUAUACUCGCCUCGUUGCCGCGCGACGUCAACAUCGUCGGGCUGGUGGUUACCCGGAGGAAGAAGAGAAGGCGAGAAAAAAGGAAAGCGAGCGCACAGAAGCGGCCGCCACCGUCUGACGGGCGCUCGACCGGGUUGCGGACGAUCUCUCGCCUCUUCCUCCUUUCACGGAUCUUCGCCGGCACGUCGGAGUCGUCCGAAGAGAGGGAGGUGACACUUUCGGACAGACACGCGGCACGGAUCUCGCGCACUUGGACGCGCGCGAGAACACGGAAGAGAGCAGCGCGCUCCGUUGCGGAUCGUUGACGGUGCCAGAAUCUCGUUCUUUUUUUCCCUUCGUUUUUUCACCGGAUCUCAACUCGGGCCCUUUGUCCCGAAAGUGCUUCGUGAGUUGAGUGGACCUUGUACUCAGUGCACAACGCGACGACGCGUGUUAUCUCGAUGUGACAGUGCUGCGGACGACAAUUUUCAAGCGCAGUAUCAUCGUCGUCGUUGUCAUUCUCGUCCCAGAAGAGAAACGUUAGGGCGUUUCUUAGACCGUGUACGGUGUUACAAGUUGUUGUCAGCGACACACAAACAAACAUUACGGAGUGCUUGCGGAGUGAUCGCAGAUGAUUUUCGUGGUGUAACUGGGGUGUUUACAGUGUUCAGUGCCGAUAUGCCGAUUACGGGAAAACGGUGAAAUCGAUCGCGAAACAUAUAAAACACAACAUGGCCAGCGCAACGACAAUGGGUCUACGUCGUAGAACACCAGUGAACAGCUCGCCGACUCCCUCGAGCCAAUCAUCAUCCAUGAGCACGUCGUCGUCAAGCAAGCGUUCGAGAAGUGAGAACAACAACAACAGCCCGUCCCACGGCAAUCUGAACUCGAUGAACGGCGGUUCUCGGGAUGAGCCUCCAGCGAAAAAGUCCCGCGGGACUUCGACGAGCGGAGCGAAAGGGAGUUCGUCUUACUCCACCUCUUCUACCACUUACUCCUCUUCGGCGUCCUCGUCAACGACCACGAGUGCCUCGAGCGACAGCCAGAAUACGAAGAGUCGCGGAACUACUGUUUCGAGAUCGACCGCUCAGACGAAGUCGUCGUCCACGUCAACAGCUGCCACCUCGACCGCGUCUUCGUCGAUGAGCGACAUAUCGAACAAUCCCGCACUCUCAACCAGCUGGUCGUCGAACAGAUCGGACAUGCCGCCGUACGCUUCCGUGACCGGGCUGAACUUGACGGGCGGACAAACGGCCGGCCUCUGCGCCGGAAACCUCGGAAUACCUCCCGCAAUACCUUCCUACAUGUCGACCUCAAUGGCGACCUUCGUCGGUAACGCUACAAACCUCACCAAAAACUCGUCCGUCUCUUAUCUCGACAUCUCGAACAUGACCGGUGGUGGUUCCUUGACCGCUUCCGGCGCCGUGAACUCGUUAAGCGGCGGAUACGUGGCGAACGGUGUCGUGGACACGAAGAGCGGAAUGGCGAUACCAUAUCCGGUGAUACCUUCGCCGAACGUGAACAGCAACAAUCCAUAUGUGCAGAAAGGAGCGAAUCAGAACGGGACCGAGGGAGCGGUCGCUCCCUCGAGGAAGUUUCAGAACGACGCCAUGUUCAACACUUAUCAACCGUGGGUGAUCAAGACGUACGGCGAUCUAGCAAAGACAAAAACGGUUACCAUAAAGAAGUACGGGCGUAUUUUGAGGACGUUGCGCGGUGAAGAGGUUAAUAGCGCCGAGAACAGCAAGUUCCGCUUCUGGGUCAAGAGCAAGGGCUUCCACAUCGGUCAGCCGGAAGGUUACGACGCGAAACCGGCCGACAUGAUUAUCGGACGUCACGCCCUCAUGUCGGUUCCGGGAAUGGAUCCGCCGCUCUACGUGCCCACGCAGCUAGCGCACAACAAGAUGUUAAGCGGCGCUGAAGGCACCGUUCCAUCCGGGAAAGUAUACAAGAAAGUCGCGAUUGUGGAGAAUUUCUUUGACAUCAUUCAUGCCGUUCACGUUGAUCUCGAAGGACGUCCUGGAAAACACGCCGGCCAGAAACGGACUUACAGGACGAUUACAGAGACGUACGCAUUCCUACCCCGAGAAGCGGUAACGCGAUUUCUGCUCGGCUGCACGGAAUGUCAGCGAAGUCCGCGGACGCCCAGUCCAACGAACUUAUCUAAUCAGCCGCAAUCAACACAACUGAGCCCCAAUCCAGCUGGUAGCGCCCAUCUAGCUGCGUCAUCAUCGCUGGUGCCUGCUAGUUCCAAGACACGAGACAGCAGCCAUCAUUCAACGUCGGAGAGCAAGAAUGCGCAUAAUUAUAGGCACCAGAAGCAUCAAAAGAACGCCACGAACGCGACGAACAAAUUUGACAGGGAUAAGGACGAGAAGUACAAUCCGCUGAGCAUCACGAAUCUGUUGAAGAAAGAUUCGGUAAACAGUGGUUUUCUCGCGAGUUCAGACGCACUGCCGAUUCGAGAUAUAAGAAGAACACCCGACUCGGAUCGAAGUUCGAAGAGUUCAGCGUCGUCGAAAAGAAAGCGAAUGCUGCAGCGGACACCCUCGCCUCAGUCGGUACCGCUAUCAACACCAUGGAAUCCCGGUCUAGAUCCCAAGAAAACGGCUAUCGAUUACAGCCUUCCCAUAACAACUUCAUAUUUGAAGCAUCAGCAGAGACUCCAGGAACAGGAGGAAGAAAAGAGGCAGAUCGUCAGCGCGUCGCAAACGAUGUCCCAGAUGGUGCCCAAAACGGAGAUCAAGACCGAACCGUCGACGGCGAGCGAAUCAACCCUCGCCGAAGAAACCGAAACCAAUGAGAACGACAGGUUCUCCCCGGCUACAGGUCUGAUCGAUACAAACCUUAAUUUACUGGCAACUAUUCAGCAGCUGCAUUGCCAAGUGAUGCUUGCGCUCACUGAGCGUUUAAGACCAUCGAUCACCAUGCCGAGUCCUUUGGUGCUGCCACCAGCACCCACAAAUAUCGCACUCGCGAAUAUGAUGGGCACGGAAGUGUCGGUCCAGACGGGAGAGAAUUCUUCGUGAGGAAACAAAGAGGAAGAAAAGGAGAACGUAUUAAUUUGGUAGCUUUUUUUUUAGAACUGUUUGAAAGACACUUCUAAUACGAUUGUGUGUGAUGAAGGUGACAAAUUAGUAUCUCUGACAAAUUAGUAUCUCUAGAGUCGUUUUUUGUCUUAGCAGUUGGACUGAGCGUACAAUUCAGGUACGUCAAUUUCAAUUAAUCAUCUAACGAUUGUUAAGGUAUCUCGCGAAAGUCACACAACGGAAAUCGGACUUUUUAAAACAGACAGCGAAAUUCGACCAUUUUGUGUACAUCUCCAACGUCACAUCCGACAAAUCAUUCAUUGAUUCUUGCAUUUAACAAGAUGAAAUUUCCAUUUCUAAAAACGGACAAAAACAAUUAAUUCUUUCGUUCACUUAAUUGAUAUACAGAUUAAUCGGUUUUUAUACGUGCAUAAACAAAUAGAAAUAAUCGGUGAGCGAAAUAUAAUCAUGAGAAAACGCACAGAUACUAUUAAUGUGCAUUUGGGUGACAAAACGUCGAUCUCGCGGUCUUUAUCUUUAAUCCGUUUCUGAGUAUGUAUUUUGAUGACUGACGUGCGUACGCAAAUAGCAAUGGCGACUCGACUUCGUCUUCCAUCAGCGAAACGAUAGAUGGACGCAAUUACAUAUUGAACCGGACGGGAUCGAUUAUUGUCGUCGUGCUCGUUGUCACACAUUUCAUUCUACCGGGCCGGCAGCCGGCUGCUUGCUUGCUUGCCCGCAUCCGACGUCGGCCCGAUAUAGAUGACGGGCCAAGCGAGCGGAAUAAUUCCCGAGUCUGUCGAAAUACGGGUCGAUGUGUCAGGGAUUCGCACGGCGCUUCCUAUGUUCGAUAUUUAGGGAUCCGUUACGCGGAGAGAGUUAGGUCGCGAUCCGAUCGCCGCGCCGGACUCGACGGCAAUAUAUCGAUCCAUUCAAGCGGAGUCAGAAGCGAACCAGUCCGCGCGGCGACACCGCAAAGGUCUUGAAUAUUCAACGAACCAGCGAGACGGGCGUAGAGAAAGAGAAAGAGAGAGAGAGAGAGAGAGAAAGAAAAAGAGGGUCGUAUUCUCGUUUGCGGGUGUCCGAUGAAUUCGACAACAUUCGGCGUCGUUGUCGACCUGACGAAUUAUCUUUCAUGUUUUAAGGCGUCCGACGCGACUAAAUGUAAACGUGUUCCAGAAUUUGCUGAUAAUAAUUUACACUAACGAUAAAGUAUUUUAAUUUUGCAUCUAUUCGAAGAAAUUAAUAUUUAGUCUGCGGAAAAGAUCAUGUUUGUCGAGAAGGUAAAAAAUGAAUCUCGGUUUCUAUUUGUGCGAUAUGAUGUUUUCGUAGUCUCCGAUGGUCUGGAUUAACAUCAAUUAAUACGCGGUCGAGUAACGUCUCAUUGAUGGGAAAAGGACCGGCUGCAUCUAACCAGCGUCCUCGCCCUAUCUUAUAAUGGUAAUAAUGUUAUCACGUGUAAUUAGACACAAUGAGGGUACACGUCUCGAUCCUAAGCGUGCGCGAUUCGUCUCGUCUCGUUGCGUUUCGCGGAACCGGUCGAUCCGGUAUUAUCCGAGAUCAGCUUCUCUUGUUACAUUGUAUUAAUUAUCGCAUUAUUGGCGCGAUCGGCGCUGCGACUUUUUGGCGAUACCGCGGCGCGACCGCGUAAUUGAGCACGUUAUUUCAGCCAGGGGAGAUUAAACCUUUAUUUUAUCAAUCUUAAAUUUCAACGGCGAAAUUUAUAUAAGCGCUGCUAUUAUAUUAGUAAUAUUUUUUUAAAUUGAUUUUAAAUAAAAAAAAAAAACCUUCGUUUUCUAAUUUUCUGUCGUCUCUUAUGAACGUGCGCGAUAUAUACUGACAUUUUAAUGUAUUCAAAAAAGCUUUUACUUGAAAAUUAAAAUAAACAUGAUUCUGUUUUUUUUUUAUUUUUUUUUUUAUUUUAAUUUUACUUCUUUAUUUUAAUUUUACGGGUAUUAUACGACUGAGACAGAUUCUCGGAUGCCUUUGCGAAAUAACUUGUUCAGUGCCAGACUCGAUUGUAUACCAAAGGCGGUAUCAACUCCGAGCUCUCUCAGUUUCGAGAGCGACCCGUCUUUAUAGAGCUGUAGAUAAGACGAUUCGAUCGCAAUUAAUAAAUCGAUUGUGUGUCCUUCUCCUCCCUCUGAUAUCGGGACCUCGACGACGGUCCUCGGGAGGCGAAACCCGUUUCGUCCUGAUUGUGUACGUAGUCUAGCGUUCUGUAUAUUACUCAAAGUAGCUCGUCUUUCGUGUACGAUAUAGAGUGUCGUUAGCGCUGUGUGGUGUGUGUGCAGGAGAAAAGAAUAUACCGCUAACGCAAUAGGCCUUAAGAUGUGCUUGACAAAACCAGUCUGUACAGUAGAGUGCAUCAUAUCGUUCCGCGUCAAGGAAAGUAGUUCUCUUCCGACUGCCUCCUACUACCGCGCGCCGUUUUUCUUCGGUCUCCGCCAGCGGCAAUUCGAUCCAUAUGCAGUUCUAUAUGCGCGAGCAAUAGUUCUAAAGUUUCCGAUAAGUUUUAGAUCGAUUUGCGGCUUUUUACAAAACACUUGCUUUUCGACUUUGAAAUUUUGAAAGCUAGCACAGCAUUUUUAAAAAAAUUACAAUUCUAACAACUAAUCUAAUUGCAUCAGUAUUGUCGAUCGCGCCAGUAUAUAGAUCGGAUCUCGAGCGGAGACCGGAAGAGAACAGAGCGCGAUAGGAGGCGGCCGGAGGAGAAUUACUUCCCCUCACGCGGAACGAUAUGGUGCACUCUACUGUACUAGAAGUUCGAUAAUCGUCGUGAAAGUAGACGAGGGUUGAUAACCCUCAAGAGUUGUCGCACCGCAUAUACAUACAUGCAUAUAUAUCUAAUGUAUUUAUAUGCAUGUAUAUAUAAUUUUGUAUAUAAUCGUUGUAUCAUAGUACCAAUACCUGUUCCGAAAAGAAGCGCGCCGCUAUAUUUCUGAUAGCGAUUUUUUUCUUACGACAUUAUUAUUAUUAUUAUAUACAACGAUCAUAAGUAACUACUAUUUUUAUCGUUUUUUUUUUUUUUCAUUCUCUUAUCAUAAUUAUUAUAAUUAGUAGAUAUUAUUCUAUUAUGUGAAUAUUACAUUAC